UGACUUCUCUCAGACCGCAGGAGGAUGGGCACGGGUGAGUUUGUGUGUGUGACGCUGCGUGGCGGGGCGCCCUGGGGAUUCACACUCAGCCAGAGCACUCAAGACCCUCAACAUCCAAUCCAGCUGCUUCAGAUAGAGGACGGUAGUCCUGCUGCCGUGGCUGGAUUGUGUGAGAAUGAUGAGCUGGUGUCGGUGAAUGGAAAGCCUUGCUCAAACCUCAGUCUCUCAGACGCUAUUGAUCUCAUUGAAGCCUCAGCUGACUGUCUACAGCUGCUUGUCAAAAGAUGCUGUAGUCAACCUCAGGAGAGCUUUAAAAUGGUUAGCACCACUUUUCGGAUCCCUUCUCCAUCCAGGCCUCACGAGCCACAGGAACUAUACACCUCUGAGUCCCAGGAUGAAGCAUAUUAUGGAGAGACGGACAGCGAUGGAGAGUGUCCAGCAAGGACUCGAUUGGUUCGGACCCAAGUUCAAAUACCUGCUUCUAGGAAUAAAAGUAGAGGCACCAAUGCCCAGGGUGCUGGAGACACCAGUUUGGAUGUAACCCCAGGAUCUGUAGUUGAAUUGCAGCUUUCGCUCUCCAAGACCACCCUGGAAGAGCCAGACUGUACUGCAUUAGGCAGUGCAUGUGGAGUUGUGGGAGACAUCCAUCAAAGAAAGACAGAUGAGAGUGUCAAUUAUACUACAACCACCGCAUUUACUCCAGCUAACCCCCUCUACAUACCCCGACGAGACCGGCAACCCCUUGGUCAGCGGGGUGUGUUGGUUAGCAAACCCCCUGCUUUGACAGGACAGGUGGAGGUGACAGUGAAGCAGUUAUCUGGAAGCUGUUCAGGAAAGGAGGGGGUAGAGGCCAGUCUACAGUUGGAUUCUGCUGGGGAAGAAGGAGGGCACAUUGAAGAAGCUCCCACCUCCUCAUCUGUGUCCUUUGGACUUCCCUCAGAGGAGUGGGACUCCGAAUCGGAGAGGGAGGUCAACGAGCCAAGCAAGCACCGGGCAAGGCACGCCAGGCUCCGGCGCAGUGAGAGCCUUUCAGAGAAGCAGGUGAAAGAAGCCAAGUCUAAAUGCAAGCGCAUUGCUCUCCUGCUGUCAGCUCCUGCCCCCAACCCUAAUAACAAGGGGGUGUUGAUGUUUAAGAAGCAUAGACAGAGGGCCAAGAAGUUUACGCUUGUAAGCUACGGUACUGGUGAGGACGACCCAGAUUAUAAGGACGACGAAGAGGAGCACACUGUUGAGUUCACUGUUUUAGCCUCAAGUGAAACUGAAAUUAAUGAGGAUUUCUUUACCAAUGCCUCAGGCCAGAAAAGCAUUGUAAGCUUUGAUUGGGAUACUGGAUUACUUGAGAUAGAGCGCAAGCUUGACAACCUGCAGGGUAUGGAUGCACUACCUGAGACGAAGGGGAAAGGAGCCCUCAUGUUUGCCCAGCGCAAACAGCGCAUGGAUGAGAUAGUAGAAGAACAUGAAGAGAUGAGACGUAAGGGGAUCCCUGUUGAAGCAGUGCAGGAGCCUGAGACACAUCAAACAUACCAACACAUGGAGGAGCAGACUUAUAUGCAUGCACAAGAGAACCAGAAUUACAUGGAUGUAAAUCUACACCACAGUUUAUCAGCACAGAAGCAACAACAGCAACAACAAUAUCAUCAAUACCAAGAACAGUACCAUCAACAACAGCAGCAGCAGCAGCAGCAGCAGCAGUAUCAAGAAUACCAGCAGCAGCUACAAUACCAGCACCAACAACAGCAAGACUACCAGCAACAAAAUAUAUACCAACACAUGCAAUCAUACAAUCAGCAACAACACUCCCAACAACAGCAAGAGCAACAGUAUUCACAUCAUAUGAAUGGCAUGUUUGAUCAGCAGAUGCAAAACGAAAUGCAGCCAUUAGUCACAAACAGGAGUGCCAAACCAUUUUCAGUUCAGAAUAGAGUGGCUGCUCCAUUUUCCUCCUCAUCAAGUGCAGACAAUCAAGAACAGCCUGGGUAUUCGUUGGGACAAGGUGAACAGAUUGCUUCCCGUGAUGAGCGUAUAUCUGUGCCUGCUAUCAAGACUGGUAUCUUGCAAGAUACAAGGAGGAGGAGUGCCAAUAAGCCAAUGUUCACUUUCAAGGAGUCUCCCAAGGUUUCACCUAAUCCUGCUCUGUUGAAUCUCCUUAACAGGAAUGACAAGAAGGCAGGUUUAGAGUUUUGUCCAGAAGAAGAUUAUUUAAGUUUAGGAGCUGAAGCCUGCAACUUUCUUCAGCCUUCUAAGACGAAACACAAAAUUCCACCACCAGUAGCUCCUAAACCUCACAUUAACCCUGCUUCUCCACCAUGGUCUGAUCAACAAGAAACUGCUGAACAACCCAUCCCACAGCAAACCGAAAGUAGUGUCCCAGCCCCUGCAGAAGCUCCAGUCACAGAGGCUGAUACUGCUUUUUCCCCUGCCCCUGAAAUGGGGGCCCCAAUGUUGUCUGAAGAAAAGCCUACAUAUGCCCCCGAAUCACAUGAUGUUUCACACUGUCCUGAACAGCUUCCUCCAGAUAAUGCCUGGAAACAACAAGAAUCCCAAAUGGAGUCAAACCAGCAACAAGAAACCUGGAAUGAGAAACAACCCCAGCCACAAAUUAAUUCUGCUCCUGUCGUACCACCUGUUACGCAGUCAGAUCCAUCUGUCAGAUCAUGGGAUCCAGCUCCAAAUCAAAGUCAUCAGCAGAUUCCAGUAAGUACUUGGGGUCCAGAUAAGGUCCAAUUGCAAGUCCCAUCUCAAAACCAAUCUCAAACACAGCCACAGUGGAUGACACAGUCUCAGGGUCCUCCAGAAGUACAAGUCCCUUCUAAAACACAAUCCCAGCCUUCUUGGGUAACACAUCCUCGAACUUCACCCCCAACCAAACAUCAACCACAGCUUCAGUCCCAAAUCAAUUCUUGGGCACCAAGUCCAAAUCAGUCAACCCCACAAGCUCCCUGGUCGCAGCCGCACGAGCCGGAACAACCAUCUAUCAGUGUUUGGCAACAAGAUCAAAUUCAAACUCAGGAACAUCCAGCAUGGUCCCAGCAACAACAGUUGACGCCACAUUGGGCAUCAUCCCAUCAGCAACAGCCACAGCCUUCUUGGACUCAACCUCAGAGGCAGUCACAGCCCCAACCACCUUGGGUCUCUCAGGCCAAACAGCAAGAUCCAACACAGCUAUCUGCAAAUGCAUGGACUCAGCCACAGAGUCCAAUUCAAGCACAACCUACAUGGGCUCAGCAGACUCAACCUUCACAUCAUCCCACAGCACCAGUGCAACAACCCAUGAAUCCUUGGCCAUCAAUGCCAGCCCAGUCCCAACCACAUCCACAGUGGGGACAAGAACCUGCUUCUCAACAUCCUCAACAAGCAAUGAACUCUUGGACAACUGCACAGAAUCAAAUUCAGCCUCCCUGGGCUCAGCCACUCCCACCAACUCAGGCUCAUCCUCCAUGGGCACCAAAACCUCAACAGCAGGCAUCCCAGCCACCUGUGACCCAGUGGGCAUCACCACAAUCUCAGUCUCAACCGACUGUAAAUGCUUGGGCACCCCAACACCAACAGAGUGCAGUUAGCAGCACUGCCCAAAAUGAAUCCCAGAAAUUGCCUCCCCAACCAAUCAAGCCAUGGAGUCCAACUCAGAGCUCUCAGCCCACUCCUCCACGACGAAUGAAUUCAUAUACCACUGGGACAAAGGCACCAUCUCCUGUUCCAACACGUAGUACUAUGUCCCCCUCUGGUUUUGGGUCAGCAUUUGAGAUGCCAGCCUUGAAAGGGAAAGGAGCUGAACUGUUCGCCAAAAGACAAUCCAGAAUGGAGAAGUACAUUGUGGACUCUACCACAGUGCAGAAUAAGGCGCUUAGGAGCUCACCCUUGUCACCACCGGUGACUCUUUCAGCUGUGGGUCUCAACCCCAGGUCAGUUUCAUCUUCUCCAUCACCCAGACCUUCAUCCCGCACUAUUUCCAUACGGCCACCAGUGGGCCAGAUCGUCCGGAUAGACAGGGGUCACAAGCCUCUCACCCCCUGGGAAGCUGCCUCACGCCACCCACUGGGGCUCGUGGAUGAAGCCUUUACAUUUCUGGACAUUCAACAGUCCAUUGCCUCCAACCUGCACUAUGCCGCUAAGAGUAAGCUCUUACCAGAGCCUCCGGCCGAGUGGAAGGCAAAGGUCACAUAUGAACCUCCGCCAAAAAACCAAAAAGACAGUUUAAGUCAAUCACCUUUGACUUUUCUGUCCCCAACCAAGAGCACAGCAUCGGCACCAGCUGGUCCCGUCCCCUACGGGUCACCCUUUAGACAGCCCCAAAGGUCAGUGACAGAGGCUAAUCUUCGGCCUUCACCGGCCGAUCCGAAUAAACUAACACUCUAUAAAGCCAAAGAUAGCAGUACUUGGAGACGUUGAAGGAGAGCCAGGAAACCCUUUAUAUGCAAGUGAAAGUGAAAUCAAAUAGGACAGGAAUGAAUAUUGCUGGAAAGUGAGUAAAGUAAAGUUGUUAUGGCUACUAUUGACCAAGAAAGACAGAGAAGUUGAUAAUGCUCAAUGAGGAUCCAUGGAAGUCAGAAGAUGAUACGAGAAGUUGAGUUUAUGAAGAUUAUCAGUGUUACAGCUUGCUUUUGAAGUUCACACUAACAAUAAUCUCUCAAUGUGAUAAGUGAAUAUGUAUACCCUUGUGAAAAAGAAAUACAUUUAAGCAUAUUUUGGUAACACUUUAUAUUAACCCUUUGGGGUCUGAGAGUGUUUUGGGGCCAUGGAGAAGUUUUUGACAAGCUUUUAUUUCAGUUGCUUACAAACAUAUUAAUGGCUAAAUUCUGAUUACACUGUAUUCAGCACAAACUGCGCUACAAUAAUAUGUGAGCAGCAUGAAUGGACAUGAUUGUGUUUUUGAUAAAGCAACAUUUAUGCGUGCUUAGUGAAAAACUAAAAUGUUUAGGUCACUGAUAUAAGGCCAAUACAUGUUACAUGCUUACUAUUAUUAUAAUAAAAAAGAGUACUUAUUAUGGUAAUAAUAUGCAGUUGUCUGAACUCUAACAUGCUUUUUUGACCAAAGUAAGUCGGACGAUCUUAAAAGUGUACUUAAGUGUGUUAAGGAACACAAUCAGGAGCACACACUCUUUCUAAGUUGACAUAAGUGGGCUUUUAUUUCACUAAUUAUGUCUGCACGUACAAGUAAAAAAAAAUAUAUAUAAGAUUUGAUUCACACUACAAGUGCACUUCUUUUUCACAAGGGUCAUGCAUUCGGUUUUAAAGUGUUGCACUAAUGAAUGGGGCAAAGCGAUUGUGCAUGAUACUUGCUAAUGAAAUAAAACAUUAUACAUCUUCAUAGAACAUAUUGUAAAGGCUAGUGUGAGACACAGUUCAGUUUGUUUAAUCACAAAUUAACAGCAAAUUUUAUAUAACUGUUGUAGUGAUGUAGUGAUUUUAAAGAGAGAAGAAACUAAAUUUGUUUGUGUGCUACAAAGCUAUUAAGCAGAAACUGAUGAAUCAGUAAGAGGCGUGCUUGUUACAUAAGCUUCACUUUAAAAGAUUAAAUCAUUCUUUGGUGACCCGGCCUGACCCUACGCCACACGCCCUGCUGCACCAAAUUCACUUCAACUAACUCAGUCUCCGUUUUGCUAUUAAUGAAUAAAUAAAUAAGUGUACAUUCCUUACAAGUAUUGUGUGACAAUGCAUGCUCUCAAUCCACUUAAAAAUGAUGUUUAUUUCUACUCUACGAGUUGUUCAUACUUUUAUUUCUUUAUUCUAUGACUGAGCGUUUCUUCAUGAAGGAUAUCAGUAAACUAAACUUGUUUGACGUGUUUGAUUGAUAAAAUAUUGAUCAAGAUACCAAAAGAUCUGUUGAACAGAGAGGAUUUCAGUAUUCUGUGAACUGUCUGAUUGAUACAUUCUGCAGCUCCACAUCUGUAUGGCUGAAAUAAAACCAUGCUUUGCACUUGUAUUAAAAGAACAUGUUAAAAGAA